CUUGACUUUUAAAUCAUUUUAAUUUGAGCGUUUGAAGAAACUUGUUAUUUGAGAAAAUUAUUCCAAUAAGAAUUAAAAGAACUCCCUUUACCAACUAAUUAUCGAUAGUAGUUGCUCAAUUUUUAGCCCACCACUAGUAAAGCGACCGGCAAAUAAAAUUGUUUUUAAGUUAUUAUUUUUAAGUAUAGUACAGCAAAAAUCAAACAGAUCAAUAUGCAGGAUUUCUUUAGCGUGCUGCUGCCGGACGCGAAGAAGGAGCUGCGCCGCGGCAUUAUCGAGUGCUCGAAGAGGGGCCUACUGCACAGCACCAAGUGGCUGGCGGAGAUGCAUCACGGGCUCUGCGAUGUGCACAUCGACAAUGAGCCGCCGGACAACGACCGGACCUUCAGCGAUUGCCAGCUGGAGGGCAUUGCGCCGGCGGAGUACAGCGACUACUUUCUGGCCAAGAGCUACUACGAUGUACGGGAGUACGACCGAGCGGCCCAUGCGGUCCGGAAUUGUGAGUCGAGUGUGCCACGCUUCCUCCACUUCUACGCAACAUACAUGGCGCGCGAGAAGCGCCGCUUGGACUCUACCACCGAUCAGGCAAAUCUCACCGAGCCAAAUCAGAUGCGGGAUCUCGCCGAUCUGCUGUCCACGCUGCGCACGGAGUACGGCAAGAGUCGCUUGGAUGGCUACGGGAUAUAUCUGUAUGGCGUGGUCUUAAAAGCCCUGAAUCUCAACCAUGCGGCGGAGCAGAUGCUAAUCCAGGCCAUCCGACUAGUGCCGAUGCUGUGGGGCGCUUACCUGGAACUCUCGCCGCUUAUCAUGGAGAAGCAGAAGCUGCUAAGCCUGCAGCUUGGCGGUCAUUGGAUGCGGCACUUCUUUAUGGCACACACCUACCUCGAGCUGUACCUAAACGAUGAUGGAUUGAAAAUCUACGAGGAUUUACAGGCGUCGGGCUUUGGGAAGAGCAUCUACCUCAUCGCCCAGAUGGCAUUGGUCUAUCACAACAAGCGGGAUGUGGACAAGGCCAUCGAGUUGUACCAGAACCUGCUGGAAAGUGAUCCCUAUCGCCUGGACAACGUGGACACCUACUCCAACCUGCUGUUCGUCAAGGAGAUGAAGACAGAGAUGGCCCAGUUGGCGCACAAGGCCGUCAGCAUCAACAAGUAUCGACCGGAGACGUGCUGUGUGAUUGGCAACUACUACAGUAUACGAUGCGAUCACCAGGUAGCCAUUUCCUACUUCCAGCGCGCCCUCAAGCUGAAUCCCAAGUAUCUGGCGGCCUGGACACUAAUGGGUCAUGAGUUCAUGGAACUAAAGAAUACGAAUGCUGCGAUUCAGAGUUACCGCAAGGCGGUGGAGGUCAACAAGCGGGACUAUCGGGCCUGGUAUGGCCUCGGACAGGCCUACGAGAUCAUCAAGAUGCACUACUACAGCCUGUACUACUUUAAGAUAGCCCACCAGCUGCGGCCCUACGACUCCCGAAUGCUUGUGGCUCUGGGCGAGACAUACGAGAAGCUGGACAAGUGCGAGAACGCGGUGAAGUGCUACUGGAAGGCUAUAGAUGUGGGCGACAUCGAGGGCAUUGCCAUGUACAAGCUGGCCAAUCUGCACGAGAAGCUGGGCGACCAUGAGACGGCAGUCCAUUGCUACAUCAUGUACUGCGAGGACGAGCGGGCGGCUACCGACAAGCAGAGCCUGUAUCAGGGCUUCAUCACUCUGGCCAACUACUAUGAGAAGAAGGGCGACUAUGACAGGGCUGCCUUUUACGCCUACAAGUGUCUGGACUCGGAUGAUCGGAAGACGGAGGCCAAGAACUUGCUAAAGACCAUCGACUGGAAGCGGGAAGGUCAGAAAAAAACGGCCAAACCCACCCCUGCCGUUGUGGCUAAUGCGGAGACAAGCUCCGAGGAUGAGAUGGAGUGGGAGCUGCCAGACGUUCGAAGCCGCGUAGCAGCCACCACGACCACGACCACGACAUCAUCAGUCCAAGCAGCAGCAGCUGUAGCAGGGCCAAGUAGUUCCACGAGUAGUCUGCGUCCAGGUCGAACCUUAGCUGAGGGCAUGCGCCGAUCGCAGUCUGGCGCCAAGACCAGCCACACACCAACCGCAGACAGUAGUAGCACUUCCAUUCCAACAGUAGUGGUGGAGGGAACGCCAAGCACGUCUGCUGGCGCUGCCGCGAAUCCGCAAACGGAUCAACCAGGCUCGGAUGAGGCCAGUUCCAUGGAAAUAUCCAGUGUGUCCAUCGAUUAGUUGUUUUCAAAGUCACGCAGCUAUUGUAAAAAUUCCUUAUUGUUUUAUGAAUUAUAGUUUUUUGGAAGUCAAGUAAAUAACUAACGAAUUUAGUGUGGAAUUUCAUUCCAGAAAUUCGGCAUGAACGUUAAA